GCCGCCCGCGGGCCGCGGGAGGGAUGGAUUUUCGGGGGAAGAAGUACGAGCGGGGCAGCAACUGGUCGGACCCCGAGGUGGUGGAGCUGCUGCAGCUGUGGGCCGACGAGUCGGUGCAGAUGGAGCUGGAGAGCUGCCUGAGGAACCAGCACGUCUUCAACCGCAUCGCCGAGGUGCUGCGGGAGAAGGGCAUCCACCGCACGGGCGACCAGUGCCGCGAGAAGAUCAAGAAGAUGAAGCUGGAGUACCGGCGGAUCAAGGACAACAGCAAGGCCCCGCGGGGCGGCCGGACCUGGAAGUUCUACGACGUGAUGGACCGCGUGCUCAACAGCCGCCCCGCGCUGGCCUACGGCCCGCUGAGCGGCAGCAUGAUGGCCCAGCAGGUGCUGCAGGGCACCAUGGUGGAGAGCUACCACCACCAGUUCGCCGCCUCCGCCCUGCCCUUUGGGCACGCGCAGCACCCCGAACUGAUGGAAAUCAAAUGUGAGGAGGUGAACUCUGAUGAGCACUGCUUGACCCCCGAGCCCCCACCAGCCAUGUCUUACCAGCAGGGCUCCCCCGAAGAACAUGAGAUGGAGAGAGCCUUCUUGGAGAGGGCCCAGAACGACUCUCCCAUCUCCAGGGUGGAGGUUCCCAUUGAAACCAGUGUUUCACCUUCAGGUUUCAGUGAGUCCAACAUGGCCAGCUCAUCACGGAUGCAGAACGUGGUUCCCCGGCCUGGCUUCUCUGCCUUGCAUCGCCUGAGAAAAAAGCGGAAAGGCCAGCGGGUGAAGGACCCUCUUGACGAUCUCCUGCUGAAGACCCUGACGUCUCAGCGGGCCAUGGAAGAGCGCUUCUUGCAGAUGGAGGAGCGCCGAUUUCAGCGAGACUUGGACGUGGAGGAGCGCCGGAUGCAGCUGGAGCAGCGGCGCUUCGAACUGGAGCGGGAGCACGAGUUCCGCAUGUUCAACGUUUUCGCUCAGAUGCUCAGCAUCCUGAAGCAGAGCCACAGUGGCUCCUCCUCCUCCAUUGCAAUGCCUCGGGGCUUGGACUUCAGCCAGGCGCUGUCCGAAAUCACCGGCCUCAGAGGAGGAGGAGGAGGCGACCUGCAAGAGCUGCGGGCUCGACCGCUGGCUGAGAGGAGGGUUGACAUGCACGGCUUCUGCCACCAGGGUGACUUCCAGAAGAGCCCCUACCUCUCUGCUCGGGGCAACAUCGCCAACAUUUUCCGGGGCUCCACUGAGGAAGGGUACAAAGCUUAUCACGCUGACAAGUACGAUGAAGACAAGAACCCCAAUGGUAUAAUUAAUUUUGGCACCAGUGAGAAUAAACUCUGCUUUGACCUGAUGUCUAAACGGCUGACGCAGACUGAUAUGAACCUCAUGGAGCCUCCACUGCUUCAGUAUCCUGACUGGAAGGGACAUAUGUUUUUACGGGAGGAAGUGGCUCGAUUUUUGACCUAUUACUGCAAGGCCCCUGCACCUCUUAAGGCAGAAAAUGUGAUUGUUCUGAAUGGUUGUGGCUCUUUGUUUUCUGCGUUAGCUACAGUCCUUUGUGAUCCAGGAGAGGCUGUUCUGAUUGCUACUCCUUUUUAUGGUGGUAUCACCCAGAGCGUCUUUCUGUAUGGCAAUGUCAAGCUGGUGUACGCCUAUUUAGACAGUAAGAUUACUGGAACAAGCACUCGGCCUUUUCAGCUUACAGUGGAAAAACUGGAAAAAGCCUUGCAGGAUGCCCGUGCAGAGGGUAUCACUGUAAGGGCCUUAAUUCUACUGAAUCCCCAAAAUCCCCUUGGGGACAUCUAUUCCUUGUCAGAAUUACGGGAUUACCUGGAAUUUGCUAAAAGACAUGAAUUGCAUGUGAUAGUAGAUGAGAUCUACAUGCUGUCAGUUUUUGAUGAAUCAGCCACGUUUCACAGUGUCCUAGGCAUGGACAGAUUGCCUGAUCCACAGAGGACCCAUGUGAUGUGGGGAAUAAGCAAGGAUUUUGCUGUCUCUGGGAUUCGCUUUGGUACUUUGUACACAGAGAACCAAGAUGUCGCUAAUGCGGUGGCUUCUUUGUGCUACUUCCACGGGGUCUGUGGACCUGUCCAGCACAAGGUUGCACAGCUGCUUAGAGACAGAGACUGGAUCAACCAGGUGUACCUGAGGGCCAACCAUGCCCGCCUAAAAGCUGCCCAUACAUAUGUGACAGAUGAGCUGAAGACACUUGGGGUUCCUUUUCUCAACCGCAACGCAGGCUUCUUUGUCUGGAUUGAUUUCAGAAAGUACCUUAGGACGGGAACAUUUGAGGAGGAGAUGCUGCUCUGGAGGCGUUUUCUCGAUAACAAGGUCCUCCUGUCCUGCGGCAAAGCCUUUGAGUGCAGUGAACCUGGAUGGUUCCGCAUCAUUUUUGCUGACAAGACCCACCGACUACAGCUGGGUAUGCAGCGGAUCCGCAAGGUUUUGGAAGAGCGAGAGCAGGAGAUACUGGCUGAGGAAAAGGAGCAGCCUUGUCAGUCAGAUCAGGAUGGCAAAGCAGAUAGCACAGAUGAAGUAAUUUUUGUAUCCCGCCACCAGGAACCUACCUGUUCUGGUAGCUCCAACCUCGGUGACCUCAUUGGCCUCCUGCAGCAGCAGAUGCGUUCGUCUGACUGGCUACAGAAAAAUACAGCAGAGCAGUUUGCACAGGAAAAGCCAGAAAUCUACGAUGUGUUCAGUAAACUGGUGGGGAAACAGUAGGGGUCAGUGUGCCUUCAGGGGUGUUCCUGAGCACCGAGUGACUGGCCCUGGGCCCCUAACAGCUCAGCAUUGACUUCCAGCAAAUAAUAUAUUUUCUGUAUAGCAAGAAAAUCACUUUGUAAAACCCCUCCUCAACCCCCUGUUGGAGAUCUCUGAUUUGUAUUAUAUAGGUGCUUUCCUCGGACUGGGGUGAGGGUAAGGAAUGAUGGGGGUCUUGUUCACCUGCUACCCCUCGUCCUGCUGCAUCACUGUAUUUUGUAUUUCAUUUCUAAUGAAUAUGCUCUUAACUCUCUUAGAAGGUCUUGCGGUGUCUUUUUUAUGCUUAUUUCACUCUUUCUGGGAAGAUGGAGACAUGACAUUGUUAACAUGUGUGAAGUUUGCCUUCUCCUGAAUGAUGCCCAGAAGUAAUUAAUUUUUUCAGUGCCAGAAGAUGACUCCUUUCACAAAGAAAUGUUUUGGGGAGAUAGAACACAGUGUCAGCCCAAAGGUAGCCUCAGCUAAGAUUAAAUAAGCAUGCAUACAUGGCCAUCUGCAUGAGUGAGGCUCUUAGAACAUGAUCAUUUAGUUUGAGUUCUGUAAAAGUUUUUCAUUUUGAGUUGUUUUCCAUUCUGUUCUCAGAUCAGACAGUAUCUAACCCCCUCGGCUGGUGAAAUGCCUCUCUUUGUUUCCAUCCUUCUCCUUGUGUAAAUAAAAGGCACCUAUUGACCUCUUGGCUCAUGGUGUCCACUGAAGAGCUAAGCGUGGAGAGGUGAUGGAAAGCAGACAUACUCUCUGCAGCCUUCCUACUCAUGGAAGUCCAUCCCAUCCUGUUAGCGGUGAGGUUAUUGGCAAGGAUGCUGCUGAGAACGCUUCUUGUACCAUUCCGCUAGAUGUACCUAGUUCAAGCCCACGGGCUUCCAUAGUGGCACCUUUCACCGUUACCAGGAUAAUUAAAGCAAAUUCUUACCUGGACUACUAUGUUUGUCAAUUUGCAAGGUAUUUUUUUUUGGCUAAAUAGUAUUCUUUGGUCUCCCCUCCUUCCUCUCUUUUCCAUUUUUAAAGACAUUGAGGUGCACCAUUCUCCUCUUGUAAUUUGUUGGCAGUGCCAAGUUACAUCUUGGUAGCAUUAUGGAAUCUGUUUAAGUAAUGAGUUAGAGAGGUGAAAGAUAAAAUUCAGAGUAAAUUCUGUGCUGUCAAAGCAGUUUGAACUUGCUGAUCACAACUGAAGAGCAAAGGCAUGUGUGCAUAUCAUACUUUGAAUCACCAUGGCAAAGGGAGCAAAUAAUUACUGCAGCUGAACUUUGGUGAGUUAGCUGUGGAGAACUGUGGGGACAACGAGGAGCAGAGUCUGACCAGCUGCUGAGGAGAAGGUUGUGCUGCUGCUAGAAGGAACGGGUGCAUCUCAGACACCGGGGGGAGGAGAAAAGGUUGGUGAGAUGAGUGGUAAGAUGAGAGAUGGGAAUAGAUAGAAGCAUCGUAUUUGCUUAGUAGUUUAUUAUUUUUCCAUGCACAGUAUUUCUAAAGACAUUCUGAGGUUAUUAUAAUUUUGCAUGUGCUCUUGAUUGUCCACAAAGAAAGCUAUAGCUUUCUUUUUCCUUAUGUGAGUGGGAGGUAAAAUGUGCAGCCAAUAUACAAAUGGACUUACUGGCUUGCUCCUCUUAUUUAUGUACCCCAAGGAGUAUCUGCAACAAAAAUUUAGGGAGAAAGCUCUUUGAAAUGAGGAACAAAAUAAGGCUGUAUAGACAGUAGUCAAAACUGUAUUUUAGGGGAUUCUUAUAACAAUUUCAAGCCACUAAUUGCUCCUACUUUUGUUUGGAUGUUCCAGUCAUUUCUACGGCUGGAGUAUGUUACUAUACAACAUUCACAUGGAUGUAGAUGUUUACUGUUCAGAAAGCAUGUUUUUGGUACUAUCGGUGUGGAAGCAGCCAGUUAAACACACCUCUCUGUAGGAAAGAGGCUGCAGUAUAUUUUCAAAAUCCCCAUAGCUAAUAUAAUGUGGUCCACAGUCACUUCCAUCUGAGUUUACGGUGACUAAAAAUAGCAGGGGAGAUGCACGUAUUUUUCCACGCGUUUUCAGGUUUAGCACCUGAGGAGCUCUCCACUGAGGCAGGUUAGCUUCAUCAUGGUUGAAAAGCAAACAAACAAAAACCUGUAAAUGAGGGAAGAGAGAAAUGUGGUAUCGGGAGCCUGCUAUUGGAAUAGGCAGCAUUCAUUUUGACU